AUGGCACCAGCUCUAACGAAGAGAAGCAUCAAGGACACUGUCGUCCCUAAAAAAGAUACCCUGGGACUGUCCGAACCAGCAUUGAAAAGGUUGAACAGGUCCCAGGCAGGCACUAAUUUGUCUGCAGACCAACAAAAGGCCGAGCUCGCCUUGUUGAUCGCCGAGCGAGGUACGGUUUCCUCUCGCGACCAGGACCUCUCACCUCAGCAACAAAGGGAGAUCGAAGAGAACUAUGGCGAGGUCGAGGUGUACCAAGAUACUGGAGUGCCGGGAGUGAUUAUCAUCCGGCCAGCUCUUCAAGCCACCGAGAUCACUCCUAGCUAUCGCAAGACGAGGUGGUGCAUGCCGUUGUCGAAUAUCCGUCCUCGAGAAAGGCUGAGGGUGAUCUCAUUAUGGGGAUAUCUGCUGCCAGCAUACAAAGUCGUCGUCACCAUCACCGCGCCCUCGGGCUUCACAGGGCCCAGGACCACCCACGCAUUCACCGUCCAGGAAAACCAACCAUUUCAACACUCCAUGGUGCAACGGUUUAAAGUCGCCUUCCGCAACAAAAGGAAAGAGGAAGAAGCAAAUUGGGACACACAGUGGGAUCAACAACAGUGGGAUAUCAAUUCUGGGGGCAAAUUGGGGGCACGACAACCAGGUGGGAGGACGACAUAG